CGUGGUCAAAGGGGGGCGCGGCUCAUCGUCAGCUGAUUUGGCGAAGCUGGUGAUGGCAGAUAUAAUCAUGGGGGAAGACGCUGUGGAGCCGCAAGAGAACAAGGAGAAUGAGGAGAACGAGGCUGACGCGGGAAGCGGAGACGACAACAUAAACGAAGAAGAAUUUGAGGCGAUCAAUGCCCAGCUGGACCAAUUGAAUUCGGCGCUGGAUUCCCUUGAGAGAAAAAAUGACGACAUCCACGCAGAGCUAGUGGAGCUGUUAAAGUCGAACCGCGAGGCCAGAGAACAAUUCCAGGAAUCGCAAAAAGAGCAACUGCAAAGUUUCGAAAAGCCAAAUCCGUAAUUCAACAAUUCUAAAACGCAGGCUGUAUCCUUGUCGACCUCGUACGGAUCAAGUAUUACUAUGAACCAAAUGUCACAAUAUAAGAACAACGAUAAUAUUGUUGUUAAUUAUAUUGUCACCUUUGUUUAGAGACAAACUUAAACAUUUUUUGCAGCAGUUUCCCUCUAGUGCAAUGCUGUUUCAAAUCUGACAGGCUUUAAUCGGAGUUUGUUGGUCUCGUAGUCUUAGAAUAUUUUAUUGUAUUUGAGGGAAAUAGCUCUGGCUACUUGCACUACAUUCGAUUUACUUGUGACAUAAAGUUAAACAGAAUCAAACUUCAAAAAUAGAAUAACAAACCUGCCAGAGGUGACUGCGGCUGAUUUUUGUUUUCCUUAAAUUUUCACAUAGACGCAGAAAUAUUUAAGUUAGCAGGUAAUAGUCUAGGGGACAAUUAUUUACUAGUUGGGUUUAAAAUGUGAUCGAGUAACGAUAUGACUUACGAAAUUGUAUGUUUAACUGUAUACAAAUAACUGCAUUGUUACUAUGUUAAGGUAAACGGAUUUCUUUUAGGGAAAGCGUGCUUUAGUUUCUUCUGUGACAAAAGGGCGUUUAUUACACACAUACAUGUGUACACUGGUGUAAAAUAAUCUUCUAAUGAUUGUUCAUUGAUUCACUGUAUUAUUCUUAUGAACGGUGUGUAAAAAGAAUUUUGACAAUAAUAAUCUUGGAAACAAUGUUGAAGCGUGAUAAAUUUGAAAAAAAUUUAUUACAUGGUGCAACGUCAUCAAAUUUGCACUAUGUCUAGUUGUACUUGCAGAUAAUACAUAUAAAUUUAUGGAUAUGGAAAAAAAAGCAUUGUUGUAGCUGGAAUGAGAGGUUGAUAAAAUUUGUGUAUAUUAAGUAAAGAAUAUAAACAAUAAAGAAAUCGAGAUAUUA